UAGUUAAAUUAACAGAAUUAUGUGAUCUAUAAAUAGAGGACAUGCGAUAUCAUUUAUUUGUAGAGAAAGAUGUCGAGCCGCCGCAUCUUCUUCACACUCGCCCUCGCCCUUCUCGCUGUUUCGCCUGCAUCUUCUUCUGAUAAAUGUGUUUACUCUCUGUAUGUGGAGACGGGAUCAGUGCUGAAAGCAGGAACCGAUUCGAAAAUCAGCAUCACACUGAGCGACUCGAGCAAGGACUCGGUUUGGAUUCCAAACCUGAAGGAAUGGGGUUUAAUGGGCCGCAAAUACGACUACUUGGAGAGGGGAAGUGUAGAUGUAUUUGCGGGCCUGGCGCCCUGCAUUGGAGCGCCCAUUUGCAGGAUCAAUGUCACCUCCGACGGCACCGGCUCCCACCAUGGUUGGCUCUGUAAUUCCGUCGAGGUCACCUCCACCGGCCACCGCAAGGGCUGCAGCCAGUCCAUUUUCUACGUCGACCAGUGGCUCGCCACCGAUGCGCCGCCCUACCAAUUAUCGGCUGUUCUUGACGGUUGUGGAGAUUUUGCCGCCCGGAAAACUGUUUCUCCUUUUGCUGUUAGGAGGUCCGUUCGAUCCGUUUCUGCUACUGCUGCAAAGUGAGGACAGAGAUAGUCGUGUUGAGGUUAAGUUUGAUCGGAAAAGGCUUUUCUUAUUCAUUUUCAAGUAAAUAAAAUAGUCUUUGUUUGCUAGCAAA